AUGGGAUUUGUAUUUUCUAAAAUAUUCAAUUCACUAUUAGGAUAAAAGGAAAUGCGUAUUCUAAUUUUAGGAUUAGAUAACUCUGGAAAGACAACUAUAUUAUGUAUUUAUUAUUAAUCUAUUUAAAAGAUAAAUUACAUUUGAAUGAAGUAAUCUAAACUGCACCAAGUAAAUAAACUAUAAUAAUUAUUAUAAAGCUAUGGGAUUUAAUGUGGAAACACUUACUUAUAAAAAUCUAAAGUUUCAAGUUUGGGAUUUGGGAGGUCAAAAUGCUAUAAGGUAUUCAACUAAAUGUAUACGUGUAGAUUAUAUUGGAGAUCUUAUUACCCAAAUACAAAUGGUAUUAUUUAUGUGAUAGACUCUUUUGAUUAAGGUAGACUAAAAACAUCAAAAGAAGAGUUAAUGACCUUAUUAUAAGAGGAAGAACUCAAAAAUGUUCCAUUAUUGAUUUUGGCAAAUAAACAAGUUUUAUUAUGGUUAUAUAUUUAAUUUUGCAGGAUAUGUAAGGAGCCUUGAGUGAAAUAGAAAUUUGUGAGUUUUUGAAAUUAGAAGAAGAGAAAUCAAGAAAUUGGACAAUGUAUGUGAAUUAUUAUAUAUACAAAAAUUAGAGUUAAAUGUAGUGCAUUAACAGGUUUAGGUUUAAGUGAAGGUAUGGAAUGGAUGGCAAAUACUAUGAAGAAAUGA